AUGGGAAACAUUGAUCCCGCUUACAUGCAAUCCACAGAACACCGUCCCAAAUCAUCUGCAUUUGUACAAGUCGAUGAAAUUCCAACCAUUGACCUCUCAGAAAGUAUAGAACAAAAGCUGGUCUCAAACAUUGGCAAAGCAUGUGAGGAGUGGGGAUUCUUUCAAGUAAUCAAUCAUGGAGUUCCCUCUGAUAUUAUCCUAAAGGCUGAGAAUGAGACCAAGAAAUUUUUCGAGCUAAGUAUGGAGGAAAAGAAGAAAGUGAAAAGAGAUGAAGUUAAUGCAACAGGUUAUCAUGAUGUUGAGCACACUAAGAACAUAAGGGAUUGGAAAGAGAUUUUUGAUUAUCAUGUUGAAAAUGCAACACAAGUCCCUUCUUCUGAUGAUCCACAUGAUUUAGAGCUAUGGACUCUCAAAAAUCAGUGGCCAAAAUCCCUUCCAAAUUUCAGGGAAACAAUGGAGGAAUAUGCUAGGGAAGUGGAAAAGCUAUCUUACAAGUUAUUGGAGUUGAUUUCAUUGAGCUUAGGCUUACCUGGUGACAAAUUCCAUGACUGCUUCAAGAACCAACUAAGCCUAAUGAGGCUGAAUCGCUAUCCUCCAUGUCCUUUUCCUGAUUUGGCACUUGGUAUUGGUCCUCACAAGGAUCCUAGUGCUUUGACUGUGCUUGCACAAGAUGAAAUUGGAGGCUUACAAGUUCAAACAAAAUCACUUGGUGAUUGGAUUCCUGUUAAACCUAUUCCUGGUGCACUCAUCAUUAAUUUAGGUGAUAUUGUUCAGAUUUGGAGCAACGACAAGUAUGAUUGUGCUGUACACAGGGUGGUAGUAAACUCACAGAAAGAAAGAUUUUCCUAUCCAUUCUUUCUUUUUCCAGGUCACCAUAUUAUGGUGAAGCCUGCAGAAGAGCUGGUUAGUGAGCAAAAUCCUGCAAAAUAUAAAGCAUUCAAUUUUGGUAAAUACUAUGCUAAUAGAACUCAAAGUGAUUUCAACAAACAAGAGGCUGAGAAUAUCCAAAUUCACGACUUCAAGAUUUUGGAUUAG